AUGGACAAUUCUUUGGUAUUUGAGCUUGUUACAACAAACUUGGCUCACCAACAAUUAUGGGAUGCUGUUCAGGCGAAAAAACUGUCAAAUUUGGACAUCUGGGUGGUGAACGGUGUUCCACCGCAUAAACUGAGUAACGACGACCUGGAACUGGGAAAUGAAUGGUUUUUGCCGCUAGAAUUACAGCAGUACAGCCGCGGCAGCUUGACUUUGGAACUAGCGGAUCAGAUUUUCGCAGAACUCAAGUGUCGAAGAAUCAUUUUGGGUAUUGUCAACGACGAUGGGACCGUGGUGUACUAUUUCAUGUAUAAGGGCCUCCACAAGCCAAAGAAGAAUUGA